UCUGUGCUGGAGCGGCGCCCGCAGAGUCCACGCAGGAAGUGACUGACCCCGGGCAGGGGAGCCAGGAUCGCGGAGGAGAGGAGAGAAGCCCGCCUCUGGUCACUGGUGCCCGCCCAGCGGUCGGUUGCAGAACCGGGCAGCCUUGGCAGGAGCAGGAGUUGCGCCCCGGAUUGGCUCGGGACCGGGUCCAAAGCCGCCCGCUGGGCCUCUUCGGAAUCCAAGCAUCUCUUCCAGAUCAUAAGUCGCGUGGUGUCCUUUUUGCUAGCCGAUAUGGACCUAAGUGACCCAGCAACUCUUGCGUCCCUCUCAAACAGCAUAGUAAGGCCUUCUGUGCCACGCCCAGUGACGAAGUUGUAUCGGGGUGAACCGAUGGCCCUGGGGAUCACGCAGAUCCUGAUCGGCAUCCUGGAAAUAUCUUUUGGGCUUGUGAUUGCCCUAGCGGAAAGUACUCGUUCAUCCCAUGACCGUGGAGAACAUAUCAUUACUCCAUAUUGGAUGGGGAUCCUGUACAUCAUUUCUGGAUCCCUUUCUGUGGCAGCUGCCAAGGACCCCAGGGUGCCACUGGUGAAAGGAAUGCUGGCAAUGAAUGUUGUGAGUUCUGUGGCAGCGGGCACUGCAAUUGUGAUACACUUCAUUACAAUAUUUCAUCCAAUAUACUACAUUGGCUGCCAAUCAUACCGUCACAGAGACAUGCCACCUGACAGUUGCCAUGAAUUGGUCGCCAUUCCUUAUAAUCUCAUGUACGCAACAACUGUUUUCCUGCUGGCAGUCACUGUCCUGGAGUUCCUCAUCAGCAUCACCUCUGCUGCCUUUGGGUGUGCCACUGUGUGCAGGGAUGCCUACAGUGAAACGACUGUAGUCAUUUUUCAGAAGACAGAUGAGGGGAUCACUCCUGCUUCAGCUCUUCCGGGGCAAUCGAACAAGGCUGUGGAGGUGUGAGGGUGUUUCCCCCUUUUAUAAUUUCUCCAGCGGAGUCUUCCGUAAGCAGUUUGAUUUUUUUUCCUUUUGGAACAUAUAUUUUUUUAAUAAACCAUCACAUGGACUGUUUUUGUUAAAUAAAAAGCACAUCCUCUUCUUUGAUGUCACUUGUGUUCUCCGUUCCCACUCUUUUGCAUUUAUGUUAUAUUGCAUCAAGCUGAGCUUCUGAAAAUGGAGAUGCAUUCCUGGCUGCCGCUGGUUCUCCUAUUCUCCCUCCCAAUCCGAGAAAAGGAAAAUUCAUGAUGGGGAAGUCGAACAUCUGGACCACACUCAACUUUGAUUUAGUUUUAGUCAUAUUUGCAAUGGCUGAUAUUAUAUAAAGGCAGCACGGUAUUCCCUGAUCUUGUUAUCUCUCAGAACAUGAGCAGGAUCGGUACUUGAACGAGAGACCACCAAGGAAGGUUCUCCAGAUAAAGGCAAUGCCAAACCACCUCCACUUCUCACUUGCUUUGAAAGACCCUCGCUGGGGUGAGCACAAUUUGGCUGCCAGUCGACUUCACUUUACAAAUACACAGCAGCGUAUAUGCUUGUGGUUCUUGCUUUCACUUUACUUGCAUUUUUUCACUGUGAAGUUCCUAGCAGAGUCCCCAACUUUUUUUGGCCACUGGACACUCAUGGAAGCUCGGAAGACAGUGCUGAGCACCUUCAUGAAAUGGCUGCCAUGGGAAGCAGAAUCAGUCACCAAAUGGCUGCCAUGGGGUAGAAUCACAACAUGUUGGAAGGUUGCAAUCCAAGUGCCCAGUUAUGACUGGGUACUACUUGUGCUCUCAAAAAAGCAUGCCCCUGGGGUCUUCUGGAGCUGUUCCUAAUCCAGUGCUGUGGAGGAGUCAGGAUUGAUUUCUUGCUUUGGGAAAGAAGCAAGGGGGCACCAUAGUGCCCACAAGUAUCUUGUUUGUUCCAACUGCUCUAUAGUUCAUUUAUCCAUUUUACAGAUGGAGAACACUGAUGCAGAGUCAGAGAGAGUCAUUUAUCCAUUUUACAGAUGGAGAACACUGAUGCAGAGAGUCUUAGGCGACCCCCGUGAAAGGGUCAUUCAACCCCCAAAGGGGUCCUGACCCCCAGGUUGAGAACCACUGGUCUAUAAGGAUGUGUCUCUCUUUGUCUCAGCCUGGGAGCCGCCCUCUGACCUAUUCUCCUUCCGUGUUCUUUGAUCUCCCACUCUCCACAAGGAUAUUCAUGGACUGUGACAUUAUCUACCAGCCUCUGCUGUACAAAUAACGCCCCAGACUCCCAGACACAGGAUCCCAGAUCACUGGUCAGGGAAAAGGACUCUUCUGUUGAGGUUCCUUUCUUCUCUUCCAUUGCAGCCUGAAUGUGAACAGAAUCUACUUAAAUAAAUGUUUUGAUUUUUUUGCAAUCUAA